AUGAGGAGCCAGUCGAUCGUGUGGUUCGCCACGGCGGCAACAGCCACCCUGUUACCCGCCCAGACCUCGUUCAGCUCUCAACACGGGCUACCGCCAUUUUCAGUUCAACUGUCCCCCGAUACAGCAGCCGUCUGCAAUUCAUCAACCCCGGGGACUGCUGGCUGGAUUGACUCUGAUGACGAUAGCCACAUGUUCUUCUGGCUGUAUGAAAGCAAGAAUAACCCCACAUCCGAUCCGGUUAUCCUGUUCAUGAGUGGUGGUCCCGGGGGUUCCUCGACCGGCGCAGGGGCCCUGAUGGAACUGGGGCCCUGCCAAAUCAGCAGCGACGGCGAACAUACACUCGACAACCCGUAUGGGUGGAAUGCAAAUGCGACCCUUCUUUUCAUCGACCAGCCAUUGACAGUUGGUUACUCAUACGGCGGCCGCAUGCCUCGAAAUCUCAAAGAUGCCACAACAAACACACAUAGAUUCCUGCAGCAGUUCUUUGUGGCCUUUGAGCAGCUUUCCGAGUUGGAUUUCUACAUCACUGGCGAGUCCUACGGCGGAUCCUGGGUACCUGCACUCGGCGCCCGUAUCGUCGAACGGCAACAAUCUGAUCUCGCCAUGGUGAUCCAGUCGUCCACUGGCUACAUGCCAAAACAUAUCAAUCUGAAAGGAAUUGCUGUCGGUAAUGGUCUCUUUCGGCAGUCUGUACAGUCCAGUGGUCUAUUUGAAUCAGCUUGCAAAGGCCCUGAUGCCAUUUUCAAUCCCGCGCAAUGUGAUCGUCUCGAGCCCCUGGCCUCAAGGUGUGAAAUAUUGGAGAGCGUUUGUGAAGAGUUUGGUUAUGACAGCGUGGGCUGCAAGACAGCGGCAUCUGUAUGCGGUGUCUUUUUUGAAGUCUUUGCAGAGCUGGGGAGGAAUCCAUAUGAUUGGCGCCAGAGAUGCAGCGGUGAUGUCUUGACUUGCUACUCUUCUCUGAGAGGGAUUGAGACACUUAUGGCGCUCAACGACACUAGAAAGGCGCUUGGUGUGCCUGAUCAAGUGUCAUAUGCGCUCUUGUCAGAGGAGGUCAUAACCGCGUGGAAUGAGGAGGAUGAGAUAUGGAAGCCGAGCCAUCAAUACGUAAAUUAUCUUCUUGACAUGGAUGUUCGUGUGUUGAUAUAUGUCGGGAAUACCGAUUUUCUUUGCCAAUAUGGAGGCAUGCGCCGGCUUGUCAACGAGGGAUUGUCCUGGCAUCACCAGCCAAGCUUCCGCUACAGGCCCUUGCGGGAGUGGUACGUUGAUGGGCAGCGAGCAGGACUAGGCAAAGCUAUUGAGCCUUUGAGCUACAUGGAAGUGGAGCAGUCAGGCCAUCUUGUUCCCUUUGACAAGCCUGUAGAGGCUCUGGCGAUGAUCAAUUCGUGGAUCCAGCGGUCGCUACCAUGGUAG